AUGAGCUAUCAGUCGGCCAACAAGGCCAUACGCCCUGAGAAUGGACCGCGACCAAGCGACCGGACAGCAGUCGGAGCACGAUUCUGGCUCGGAAUCACGUCGCAGGAAAAGGCCCAUAGCAAAGGCCGCCAUGGCCUGCGACAGGUGCAGGCUGAAGAAAAUCAAGUGCCUCGUCGGUCGGCCAAAGACAAGGUGCAGCAGCUUCAACAACAGUUGGACCGAGCCAAUCUUCUUCUUCGAGCUUCCGGCAUCGCCCAAGAGCCACCCUCGCCCUCUCACUCGCACCGCCCAUCUCCCCGCUCCCUCUCGAGUAUUGAAGCAGAAGACGCCAGUCGGUUGAAUACUGUAGUACCAGGCACGUCGACUACCCCCACCAUUUCAGAUAUCAACUAUCCCGGCCCAAUUCAGAGCGAUGGAAAUUUAUCCAAUCCACCACCACUUGACCACAACCAACCUGGAAUCAACCACUCUGAUCCCAGCUAUGAUACCUUCUCCAAACAAGCUCGCCCCCGCCCUCACCCUCACGAGCACAUUGGUACGAGCACGCAGCCAAUCCCCGUGCAGUUCCCGUUCUCUCCUUGUCGUUCAUCUGCGCGACCCAGCGCGACAUUCGACCCAAUUCAACAUAGCUCUGCAUAUGUCUUGGAUCAAACGGAUGAGACUCGUAACAUUGAACAACCGGCUAGUCGCGAUGAAAACCAUGGUCCAGCUUCUUAUCUUUCACCAUGUCUUGAUCCCGGUUUGAGUUGGAUUACCGAUCGGAUCGGGGACUCGACUUACCAGAGCAAUGCAAGCUCAAUGAUUGGUGCCAUCAAUCAAAAAUUACAACUGCAAAAGAACAUCAACAAGACGAGGGCUUCCGAUCAUUCCCCAGAGUUGGCUUUACUCUACAGGGCAAUUGAUGACGAUGACAUAGAUUACGAGCUUCCUACCGUAGCACCUGAUGGAAACCCCAACAUUCUGGCGUUCAUGCGGUGCGCUAUUCAGCAUGCUCAGAUAUCCUCGGCCAUUCUCCAAGGCUUGAUGACCACCAAGGCUCGGCGACAGCCUCUGCAACAAAUCGCGAAGACAGUGCACCAGUACGAUCAGCAGUUGCGAACGUGGUAUAACAACGUUCCCUUCGCGUUCAGAACCAAGACUGGCAGUGAUUUUCGCGCGCAGGCCCCCUUGGGCUUGCACAUCAACCAUCUGAUGUAUAUUGAACUAUCGCAUCACAGUGUUCUUGCCAUAGUGCAUUGUAUAAUCAGGCAUCCAUGGAACAUCAAUUCUCCAUCAGAUCAAACCGACACAGCCCUGCAAGAUUAA